AUGGCAACAGCAACUACCGCAGGAGCGAAAGAGGUACCGAAGAUAGUGUGGAACGAGAGGCAGCAGAAGUUUGAGACAGAGGACAGGGAAGCGUACUUGAAUUACCAGAUGAGAGAUGGAGGGAAAGUAAUGGACAUAGUACACACUUUCGUCCCUAACAGCAAGAGAGGCUUAGGUCUUGCUUCUCACCUCUGCGUCUCCGCGUUCACUCACGCCAAGUCACAUUCUAUGUCUGUCGUCCCCACUUGCUCUUACGUUUCUGAUACUUUUCUUCCACGGAACUCAUCCUGGAAUGCUGUUGUGUACACAGAGGAUGCCAAAUCUAAUAUGUGA